CGACGACGUUGAGCCUACAUGUCUCGUUCUGCCAGCGAGGAGCGCUGCGCGCUUCCUUGUGAGUUGUGAAACUCCGGUCUCCUCUCCUUUGCUUCCGAUCUGGAACUGGGCUGAGCUUUACCUCUGUAGCGCCAAUGGCUGCUGCUCCGCAAUCGCAGCUUUUCUUUGUCUCCUUCUCAAGUAGCUAACUACUGAACAGCUUUCAACACCAAAACACAUACGAAGAAGUGAAGGAUCCAGGUUCCGGCGCGGGGAAAGAAAACAACAAUGCGACCUCAGAAGUCUAUCAGUAGAUUGCCGCCGGUGCUUCAUCUGGGCUGCAUCGCGGCGUUCUUCUUCUUCGUCUUCUUCUUCUUCAUUCAAUCAUCUUCUUUCUUCUCAGGUAGUAAGAAAUCAGAUCCCAACACAGAAGGGGACAAGCGGACACUUUCUCAGUUUCAGUCCGCCGUUCAGCAAUGCGUGGCAAACAGGGGGCUUGGUCUUACUGCAUUGAUCACCGAUCAUUGUAAAAUGACUCUCAAGUUCCCAGAAGGCACCAACAGCACUUGGUACAAUGCACAGUUCAAGAUUUUUGAACCAUUGGAGUACCAUUAUGAUAUUUGUGAUACACUCAUGUUGUGGGAACAGUAUCGGAACAUGACUACUGUGCUGACACGAGAAUAUCUUGAUACUCGCCCUGAUGGGUGGUUUGAUUAUGCAGCAAAAAGGAUAUCUCAACUGGGAGCUGAGAAAUGCUACAACCGUAGUCUGUGUGAGGAAAACCUUAACGUGAUAUUACCAGCAAGGCCACCUUUCCACCCUAGGCAAUUUAAAACCUGCGCUGUUGUUGGUAAUUCUGGAGACCUUUUGAAGACAAAGUUUGGUAAAGAGAUUGAUGGUCAUGAUGCUGUUAUAAGAGAUAAUGAAGCUCCUGUUACCCAGAAAUAUGCACCACAUGUUGGACUGAAGAGGGAUUUCCGCCUUGUGGUUCGUGGUGCUGCUGCUAAUAUGGUCAAAAUUUUAGAAGGAUCUGAUGAUGAGGUGCUUAUCAUUAAAAGCAUGGCCCACAGGGACUUCAAUGCAUUGAUAAAGACUAUUCCGAACCCUGUUUAUCUCUUCCAAGGGAUCGUGCUGCGCAGGGGUGCUAAAGGAACUGGGAUGAAAUCUAUUGAACUUGCACUUUCAAUGUGUGAAAUUGUUGACAUAUACGGUUUCACGGUUGAUCCUGGCUACACUGAAUGGACAAGAUACUUCUCUACUCCACGUAAAGGGCAUAAUCCACUUCAAGGACGAGCAUAUUACCAACUCCUAGAAUGUCUUGGUGUCAUUAGAAUCCACUCCCCCAUGAGAGCUCAGAGGAAGCAAGACUGGUCCAAUGUCCCAAGCCGAGAAAUGGUAUCCAGAGCACAUGCAGCAGCCAUGCGGUUGAAGCUUGGAGAGGAGAUCGCAGGGUUAGGUCAGUUUGGAAAAUGCAAGGUGUGGGGUAGUGCAGAUGCUGCCAACAACGGGCCUAUCUCUGGAUCUCCUGACAUGAGUGAUGUAAGGAAAUAUUCGAACUACAGUAAGUGGGAGACGAUGCCGUUUCAAAGUCUUAGACGAGAGGCACGGGAUCAUUAUGCCCAGAUGGAGGAUGUGUCUUUGUACAAAAUGGAUGGCAAUAAGUUGGACGAUCUGGUAUGCGUCAGGCACAAGUCAGCAUCUUCAGUAUGAUUAGCAGUCUCGGCUUAUCAGUUAAGUGAACUACAAGAGCCUUUUCGGUGCAUGUGCGCGGAGAUUGAGAAGAGAAUACAAAGGAUGGUUUCCAGUGUCCAGUUUUGAUGUUCAAUUAGCUCCAACGAUGGUGAUCAGCUCAACGGCUUCCAUUUUCAAUUUAGCUGUGUGCCGGUGUAAGCGGAUAUUAUUUGUAUGAACCUUAUUGAAUGAAAACUUGUGCACCUUAGGAUGUUGUAUUUAAUGUAAUCAAAGACAGCAGCAGUUAAAGAUAAACAGGACAGCCAGCAUGAGCACACGUUCAGAGUAGGCAGCAAAAAAAUCUUUCAACUUCACCACUUUCCAUUUUUACAA